AUGGAUCCCCCCUCGCGGAGCCCCGCGUUGAACCCUGCCUCGACCCCCUUCUUCCCCGGCGCGAUGCGGCUCAACGACGAGGAAGGUAGCGGGAACGGGAACGGAAACGGGACUGCGAACGGCAACUUCCCCCUCGGCUUCAGGCAGUCUAUAUCCCGGGACCAGCAGUACAGCAUGUCUUCCUCGCUCUCGAUCUCCCCUUCGGACUACCGCUCUGUCAGGUCUUCCCCGAGUCCACCGCAGGACGAGAGAGACCGGAGGAUCGACAGCGGCCUGCAGGCAUCGUCCCCAGCUGAGCGUGCGCGUAACUCUCCCGGCCUACGUCAGGACUCAUCGGACAGGCAUUCUUACUCGCAUCUCUUGAGCUCGUCGAUCUCUCGUGACCUAAACAUUUCUCCCAAGAAUAACGGGGGACUGGAUGGUGAUGAGACGCCGGGUCCGACGUCUGGGCCCAUCCCCAUGAACGGGCAGCUCGGCGCCCCCGCGUCGUUUUACAACAGCAUGGCGCUGCGCAGCAGGGAGAGAUUGGGGACGCCGCCGGUCAUGCAGGAGUCGAGCAGUGCCAAUGCCAGGUCCGCGUUCACGCAUGCCCCCUUCGUGUCUUCCUCCCCCGCAUCAUCACUCGACUCGGGGAGCCACUUCGCGCCCAGCAUCGAAUUCUCGGCGUCGUCGAGCUUGGAAACGCAGCUGAGGGCCUCUCCCGUCUUUAACGAUUUAUUGGAUCGGGUCGGACGGCUAGAGGGGGCUAACCGGGAGAUCCAUCGGACCCUCGAUGAUGUGAACCGCAAGGUCGAUAUCCUCAUCUCGCGCGUCUUGUCCUCGAACUCUAACUCGAUGCUGGAUGCCCCGCCCGAGUUCAAGGAUCCGUUCGCGCCCUCGUCCGUCCCAAGUCAAAGUUUCAUCAAUGCCGGACUGAAUGGGCCACGAGGAUCAAUCGCUAACAUCGCCCCGAACCAGACCCCGCCCACGGAGGACAUGACGACUAUUACUAGCCGACUGAAUACGCUCACGUCGUCGGUUGGUCAGCUUCUAGCGCUGCAGACUCAGCAGUUCCAAGCGAACAACAGUGUUGCCGCCUUGCAAACCUCGCAGCUGCUGGGAGGCGGAUUGCCGCCAACCGAUCUGACACCAGGCCUUCCUCCCCUGCUGAACUCGACCUCGGCCCUCGGCCAUGGCAUGCCUGGGCGGCCUGACAUUAGACAUAAUCCCCGCGUGCCAAACCCGCCUAUGCGGACAUGGUCUGCCGGGACGCUAGACAUCCCUUUACGCAACACGGAUUCGCCUCAAGGCAUGGGCAGGCAGGACAUGAUGUUCAGGGAUAAGCGCCGCUCGGUUAGCACGUUACUCCGCCGUGAUUCUGCUGGGGGCGAAAGCUUGUCUGGCGCACAAUCGCGCGACGGUGGCCCCGUGAUUACCAAAUGGGAACAGUUGAACCUUGCCCCGGAAUUACUGCGUUCUUUGAGCACAUUUGGCGUCGGCCCCCCCAACAAAAUCCAGCAACGUGCAUUGCCCUUCCUCUUGCGCGGCGCUGAUAUCAUUGCGCAAGCCCCGCCGACCCAAGAACGCAUUGCUGCGUAUGUCAUCCCCGCGAUCCAUAUCGCGGUGAUGUAUGCAUCGUCGAGGACGAACUAUCGAGGCCCGUUGGUGGUUAUGAUAUCCACGACUGUCGAUCAGGCUACACAGGCGCAGCGGAUGAUACGUGAUCUAGGUGGUCCCAUCGGCGUUAAGUCGGCUCUCGGUGUCGGUACGACGUCAGGCAACGGAGAUCUCAGUCAAGAACUGCGUCUCUUGCAGCAGAACGUCCCACACAUCAUUUGCGGCACGCCACAGAAGCUCCACGCCCUGUUCACUGCCCCCGGAGGUCUAUCUGGUGCAGAUGUCCGGUUCCUGGUCCUCGACGAAGUUGACCAGCUCAUCGCUCGCAACCUGCAUGACUUCGUGUUCCAGAUCAUCAAACUUCUGCCCCCGCCGCGCUCGCGCUCCAUCAACGCCGGAGGGAACACGCCUCUGGGCACGCCCGGCUCGACGCCUCAAGUUCCCUUCCAGAACUUCGAGGCGAGCAGCAGCCAGUCGUCGCUCCUGGCCCCGACGCAGACUCUCCGGCGUAGACUGUCGGGAAUCGGUAACUCCCCGCCCCUGGACGGUCCCAAUGGUGCGGCGAACGGUCAGAUCGAGCGCCAGACCGCACUCUUCUCGAACACCGUGCCGCAGGAUGUCCUGAACCUUGCGUCCGCCAUCCAGCUUCGCGAGCCUGUCCGUGUCCUUGUCCGUCGCGACGGCAAUGUGACACAUGCCGACACGAGCCAGGGCGCCCGCGGCCUCAGGCAGUUCUACUUGUACCUGGCAUUCACCGCCAGCGGGCGCUCGGAUGCGCCUCUCCCCCAGGGCAGCCUGGGCACGAUUGGUUCCGGACGAGGCGCUAUCAGUGCGGAGACCGCACAGGCGCGCGAGUGGAAGCUCGACGCGCUGGCUGAUCUGUUUGACGACCUAGAUAUCCCACAAGCGAUUAUCCAUGUAGGUGGAAUGGCUGCGCUAGACGCUGUCGUGUACAAGCUGUCAAGUCGUGGGUUGGACGCAGUUCCCCUGCAUGGCGACAUGAACGCUGGUGCGAAGUUGGCCGCUUUGAAUAAGUUCAGGGCUACGCCCGGCGUCAUGCGUCCGACGGCAACGAAAGUGCUUGUGGUCUACGAUGUUCAGGUCAAAACGCCCGAGGUCUCUCAAAUUCCUCUGGUCAUUAAUUACGAUCUGCCCAAGGCCGUUGAAGAAUAUGCGCACCGCGUUGCUCCUGCUAUCGCUCCCAGCUAUUCACGCGCUGGCGUUGUCGUUAACUUUGUGACGGCGACGGGUGGCGACGUGGAGAUGCUGCGGUCUAUAGAAUGCUUCUACAAGUGA